GGAAACAAACCCAAACGGCGAGUGCGGAAAACCUCCCGCCAAACUGGAAACCACCUGUCAUAAAAUCAUAAGAUAAAAAGUGGCUCUUCCCUUUCGACAUCCUACUAUCGCCACACCCGAUUUCUUGUAUGAUCGACCUCUCUCUUCAGGGACAGAGUUUCAAUGGCAUCGGGUCAAUAAAUCACCUUUCCCAUCCAGUACACCUACCUAAAACAGAACCUCCGGCGAAGACCGACCACCACAGCCACGAUGUCCGAAGUCCGCCAACGCCAGAAACCCAACAAUAAUAAGAGCACCACCAAAGCCGAGAGCAACAACAGCAGCAACAAGAAACCCUCCAGCAGCAGCAAAAAUGCCCGUGGCAUCAGCAUCCUCGACAUCAUCCGCGUGCUGGCCACGCUGGUGAUCGCCUCAUGCGGUCUGUCCUACUACAUGACCUCCUCGGAAUCCCUCCUCUGGGGCUACCGUCCAUGGUUUACACGACUCCCCGUGCUCAUGCGCUUCUUGCAAGGCCCCCUCACCCUAACCCCCGCCCAACUGGCCCUCUACAACGGCACCGACCCGACCCUGCCCCUGUACCUCAGCGUGAACGGCACCAUCUUCGACGUCAGCGCCAACCCGCUCGUCUACGGACCCGGCGGCCACUAUAACUUCUUCGUGGGCCGGGACGCCACCCGCGCCUUCGUGACGGGCUGCUUCCAGGAGGACCUGACCUCGGACCUGACGGGCGUCGAGGAGAUGUUCAUGCCCAUCGACGACCCCGCCGAGCUGGCCGCCCUCCCCUCCGGGGAGCGGAAGAAGCGCCACGAGCAGGAUGUCCGCUACGCCCGGGGCCGCAUCGACCGCGCCGUCGCGCACUGGCAGGGGUUCUUCCGGAAUCAUAAGCGGUAUUUCGAGGUGGGGAGGGUGGUGGGGUUGGAGGAGGUGGCUGCAUCCAACAAUAAGGAGGGUGGUGCUACGAGGGAGUUGUGCAAGGCGGCGAGGCAGCAGAGGCCGACAAGGAAGCAGGUGCUUGAGGCGCAGGCUGCGGGGAAGAGGUGAUUUUGGUUGGGUCGUAUAAGUUGAUGUAGUAGGGAGUAUUGCCGUCAUUCUAGGUUGUAUAUGUGUAAUCGAGAAUAUUGGUGGUCGUGUCGUGCAGUCGCUAAAGUAGUUGCCGAUACGAGCCCUACGCAUAUUCAAUCCUGACCCAACGCAUUUCACCCUACGACCAGAGAACAGAUAUUUGGAACAGAU